AUGAAAAUAUUUGACCGACCGUCUGCAAUAGCACGACAGAAGCAGGUGGAGGAAGGCCUUAAUCCGGAAGAUCAACCGUUGCCUGCUACGUCAAUUUUGUCAAAAAAAUCUUUAAGCGCUUUGGAAGCCAAGAAUUGUGUGAUGGGGAGCACGGUUAUGCCUGAGGAUGCGGAAAAGGGCGCUGUAACUGGGAAAGUCCUUGAAAACGCUGGCAAGAUCAUCCGAAAGCGCUACGUACAGCCGUUGGUAGUGUUUUCUCAGUUUCAAGAUGUGGAGAUCGCAUGUCGCUUUCUGCAAUACAAUCGUGAUCCAGAGGCUCUCCACCUUGCAAAAGCAAUCUUUGCGGCCGGAGUUCGACAGUUUCCAAAGUCGCCAAGGUUAAGACUAAUGCAAGCAUAUUACAUUGCUUUGUACGAUAUAUCGCACAUUGAUGAGGUUUUUGAUUGCCUUAUUGCGGCCAAAAAAUUGAAGCCAGCAUUUGACACCCGCUUCUUUAUAUUCUUCGAAGAAAGAACCAUGGAACAGGAAGACCGGAAAGAAGAGCUAAUGAUUUCGACACUCAAUGUAACGGAGUAUGCAGAAAUUACCGCGAUGGAGCACGGUGCACAGCGAUACCAUUUAAAUUCGCUCCUCUCGCUAAAACUACUAUGGCAGUACCUAAAAAAUGAAAAAAUUGUUAUUUCAUGCAUCCCGUAUUUGCUUGAGGCAGUAGAGAAAAAUCGUAAAAUUGCUGAUUUACACUAUCAAAGCAUUAUCAGCAAAUAUCCAAAAUCGAAGCAAGUAUUGAGACGGUACAGCAAUUUUCUUAUCAAUGUUUGCGGGGACCACGAAAAAGCAAGGAAGCUUCUUGAGCGUGCAGAAGAUAUUGAAAACCAGGAAGUUCGCGAGAGUUCCAUGCGCAGUGCCAAUGAACGUCUGCGGAAAGAGAAUCAGUUUGGCAACGAAGAAUUUGAUAUUGAAAAUAGCUCAGCGUAUGUACAGGCUGAAGAGCUCAGCUUGCCAAGGCAAGAUUGUGCGGAUAUAGUCCAGGUGACGGAUUUGGAUCUCAAUGCCCUGGGAGCACCUGACCUUCCCCGUCGAAGCGGAGUGGAUACGUCAUCUGGCCGUCGUCGAAGUGUGAGGAUUGAAGAGGAGGGGUCACUGGGGGGUGAAAGGCGUGAGAAAAAAAUGAACCUGGAGAGAAUGCCGUCGCCUGUUACUCCUGUGCCGAUGAUGGCAAUCAAGCAGCCGAGUGUGGUUGACUCAACUGCGAGUUCGCAACGAGAAAUACGCCAACAGAAAUAUUAUCGAGAGCUAAUUGAAUUUAAGCUCUUUGCCCCUGUUCAGCAAUAUCGAUAUCUUAUCAACAUCGCUUUGCUUUGCCUCCUUGGAAUUCUGAUUGCGGGGUGUACCGUCUCGGUCCUCGGAUAUUCUGCAAUAACUGAAGCGCUACAGGAUGCUUACGCACGUCUAAGACCACGAGGAACAUUUAUGCGAAUAUGUCGGGUCAUUCGUGAAAUUGUGGCCAUCACACAGGGAAUUCUACCAGUACGGAGUACGCAGACGGCACUUGAAACCCGUGUGGCAACACUUUCUCAAUAUGUGAACGGAGUCUGGAUACCCACCAUCUUACCUAUUCUGCAACGGAAUCAUCUGGACGAUGAGCCGCGUAUCAUCAUCAAAAUGUCUCGCGGUUCUGGAAGUCGCCUGGAAGUGUUCAGUCCUUACUUUCUGGGCCAACUCAUUGCAGAGUAUGCACAAUCCCUCGUAAACAGUUCUCUGAGUACGUUCACUGCUCCAGAAAUCAGCGCCCGCACGGACAUCCGCAUAUUCCUGGACAAUAUUUUGUCAAUUGCUCAAUCCUAUGACUCCCUGACCGAUGGAGCCAUGACUUCUUAUCUCAGUUAUCAACGGAACAACACAAUGGCAAUGGUGGCCAUCCUGGUCGCCUUGCCGCUUUUAUGCUUUCUAAUUGGCGUCGUUCUGUUCCGUCCAAUAAUCGAGAGGGCAUACGAAAAGCAGCUUCAAAUCCUCAGUCUUUUUGGAAGCUUUCCCAAAAAAUACGCGAAUCAAAAGCUUGAUGACUUAGAAAUUGAAAUUGAAGCGAUUAUGGAAGAGCUGGAGGCGGACACCGACGGGGCGGUGGCUGAAAGUGCGCCAAAAUCCUUCAACAUCACCUUGCCAAGAGAAGUCGUAAUGGCUCGACAUAGCCCUAAACGCAUGAUAAAGCUCUUGACCAUGUGCUUGUCCUUGGUCGGAUUAACCGGGACGCUCAUGUUCAUUCCUCCUAUUCAACAAGGCCAAUAUGCGCGGAAUGCCGUCAACACGAUUCGUUAUCUUAGUGAUCGGACAUUCUAUGUGGGCCUAAGUUCGACUAUCGCUGUGGAAGUAGCCGCACAAGAUAACACUUGCUGGAUGCCCGGGAUGCAAACUUUAUGGCUAGAGUACUAUCUGGAUAGAUACGACGCGGCAAAUCGAGCGCUUCUGAUCACCACAUCUGAUGCUCCGAGCUUGUACGACUUUCCUGAGACUCAGGUAGUCCUGAAGACCGGCGGAUUCUGUCUGCUGCAAGACCCAAAUGGAUGUGACGAUGAUAAGCGAGAAUAUAAUGCAACGAUAGGCUUCACCAAAGGCCUUGUCACAAGUUCCUCCGAGUUCAUUAUUCACAAAUGGUACGAAUCGAUGCGACAAUUCCUGAGCAGCCCUCCUUUGCAGCAAACCUUCGCUAAUGAGCAGCUGCAACUUGCGAUCUCUCUGGGCGACGAUAUAUCUGGUGCUGCAGCGAUGAUGAAUAAUUUGAUCGUCGAUCACGUAGAAAAAACGAGCUCAACACAAAAAGCCAUUAACGUUUUCAUUUUUGCUUUGUCGCUCGCGAUAUUUGGUCUCUCAUACAUCUUGGUCUUCAGACGCAUAAUGGAGAAGAUCAAAGGGGAGCUGGGUAGCAUUGUCUGGUUACUAUUUACGUUGCCAACUGACAUAGUUCAAUCAAUUCCCGAACUGAAGCGAUUUAUCGAAAGUGGAGGGGCACUUUUACCGCAACGGAAACAGCUCUGACCUGUAAUUUAUGAAAGAAAGAAUGCGAGAUGUGUUUAACAAAGACAUUGAUAGCACCCAUAAUUUACGCCCUGGCUGCUCUUGUAUUAGAA